CGGUUUAGUGACUGUUUCUAAAAACCCCCAGGGGAGCGCUAUGGUAGUAAAAGCGUGGUCUAAAUCCAGGGUCUUGAGCGGACCUGGGGUCCAGGCUCCACUGAGGGGCCUCCUGCCAAUGAAAGAUAAGGGUCAAUCAGUUAGGUAAGCUUACACUGCCUAUCGGGGUUCCUGGCCGAGGCAGAGGCUUCGGGUCCUCACCGCCUACAAAUUUCCUGCCUUGCCAACGACAUCAACCAGCUGCUCUUGACGCACACAGUCGCAUUUUCCUCACACAGACAACCAAGAAAGCGGCCACACACGACAAAGUCGCCAAUUGGUUCCGUGCCCAUAUUCAGACCUUUCUCGAGUCCUUUCCCACCCGAGCUUUCACCAUGUCGGGCCUUCUCCCCAAGAUAGACCGAUCCAAGACGGUCAAGUCCAAGGACUACCGGGGGUCCAGCUCCUUUGCCACGUUCAUGAUCGUGGGGCCCGUCUGCUUCUUCCUCGGCAUAAUCUUCGCCCAGUUCCCCUAUGACUACCCUCUCCUGUGGACCUCGGACGCCGUCCCGGCAACCUUUUUCGACCAGCUCGAGACGCACCUGAAGUGGAUGCACCAGUCGCCCCCGCUCAUCGCCCGCCUGCUGAACAUCGUCAUGGCCGUCGGCUUCCUGGGCUUCUUCAUCAAGCUGUUCAAGCCCUCCGAGAGCAACAUGCUCUUUGACGGCGCCUCCCUCGUCCUCUAUGUCAUCGGUAUGGGCGUCUACAUCGCGAAUAUCGUCAAGGGCUUCAGGACCAUCUCGAGCGACCUGUGGAAUAGCGACGAGUUCAAGGAGAGGCACAACGGCCCGCUCACCGGGGAGAUCAUCCUCGGCCGGGACGACAGCUUGAAGGUCAUGGCUGCGAGUAACACCAUCCUUGCGCUGGUCCUGGUGGGAAUCCUGGUCCUGCAAGGCGGACAGUGGUAUGCUGAGAAGAAGGAGCUGGAUGAGUAUGAGGAGAUUGAGAAGACGGAAGAGCAGGCCAAGAACGCCUCCAAGAAGAAGCAAUAGGGGGCGGGGCCUCAGGGCACGCUACCGGUCUUUCUUUAUCUUUAACAUAUAGACCUCUAUAUUAGGAAAGCUACACUUAACUUAUAGCUACUACUUACUUAAAGUAUAAUUAAAAAGGAGAGGUUAGCUUUUAAUGUAUAAAGGUUUAUAACUAAAAUAUAAUCCUUAUAAGGAUUAAGUAAGGCUUUAAAAAGCCUCUAG